AUGGCCGAUUCCUCGAUUUUCACGACGAGGACUCCUAUUCUCAAUCAGAGGCUAUACGUGGUCAUCUUUGCGACCGUCUUCCUCGUACUCGUCGCUUUCCUUGUGAUUCUUUUGUUCUUCCGUAGCCGGAGAUCCAAACGGCGCCGCAUUGCCGUCAGGCAAACCUCUGGACUUCUGCCGCUUGUCGGCGGGGAGAUCGGAGAGGUUAAGCCGUCGGAUCGAAGUGAAGGAAUCCACGAUAAAGGUGGAGACUUUCUGAUCGGUGACAUGGGGAAGGAGCUGGAAUUUAAGUCGGACAGCAAGAAGGGGAGCUCGGAGUCGAGCACGAGCAGGAGCGAGACCUCUUCGGCGUCCACCGCCGACGGCGUGGGAAACUUCACUUGGGGGAGGUGGUACAGCUUGACUGAGCUCCAAAUCGCGACGAAUCAGUUCUCAAGAGAUAACGUGAUUGGAGAAGGAGGCUAUGGUAUUGUUUAUCGUGGGGUUCUCAGCGAUGGUUCUGUGGUCGCCGUAAAAAAUCUUCUCAACAGCAAGGGUCAAGCAGAGAAGGAAUUUAAGGUCGAGGUUGAAGCCAUUGGAAAAGUUAAACACAAGAACCUGGUGGGUCUUGUAGGUUACUGUGCAGAAGGAGCGCAACGGUUGCUUGUGUAUGAGUACAUGGAUAAUGGGAAUUUGGAGCAGUGGUUGCAUGGUGAUGUGGGACCUGUGAGUCCUUUGACUUGGAACAUCCGCAUGAAAAUUGCAACUGGGACGGCUAGAGGACUUGCGUACUUGCAUGAAGGGUUAGAACCUAAAGUUGUUCAUCGUGAUGUGAAGUCCAGCAACAUACUAUUAGACAGGAAAUGGAACGCCAAAGUAUCGGAUUUUGGACUCGCCAAAUUACUGGGAUCUGAGAAAAGUUAUGUUACUACUCGAGUGAUGGGCACAUUUGGUUAUGUCUCCCCUGACUAUGCAAGCACUGGUAUGCUUAAUGAGGGAAAUGAUGUGUACAGCUUUGGGGUUCUACUCAUGGAAUUAAUAACUGGAAGGAGCCCAGUUGACUACUCCAAACCACCUGGAGAGAUGAACUUAGUUGAUUGGUUCAAAGGAAUGGUCGCAUGUCGACGUGGGGAAGAGGUUGUGGACCCGUUGAUAGACGUUCCUCCCCCAUCAAGAAGUUUGAAGAGAAUAUUGUUGCUUUGCCUUCGAUGUAUUGAUUUGGAUGCCAAUAAACGUCCGAAGAUGGGACAGAUUGUUCACAUGCUUGAGGCAGAUGAAUUUCCUUACCGUAGUAUGGAACCUCGCUCUGCUCGAGAAAUGGCUUCUUUUCGUCCUGAAGCUUUUGGCAACAAUGAGAAUGAAUCAUCAAAAAUGAAAGAAGUGGAUGGUGGUGAAGGAAAAUUUAGGUGGAGGCCUAUUUUGAUACGAACAAAAGGCAGCCGAGCCCGGCACACCGACCUCAGCGUCAACGGCGAGCUCCCAGUUGGCAACGUGAUUACUAUAUGA